AUGGCUUCUCAUACAGCCACACUACUGGCCCUUAGUCUGCUGACUCUGGGGCCCUCCCCUGCUCUGGGGGGCGCCAACGACGCCGAGGACUGCUGCCUGUCUGUGACCCAGCGCCCCAUCCCCGGGUACAUUGUGCGUGCCUUCCGCCUCCUGCUCAUCAAGGAUGGCUGCAGAGUGCCUGCCGUGGUGUUCACCACACUGAGAGAUCGUCAGCUCUGUGCACCCCCAGACCAGCCCUGGGUGAACCGCAUCAUCCGGAGACUGCAGAAGAACUCUGCCAAGAACAAACAGCACAGCAGUUAACCCAGGACCAUCGAGAAGGAGCCUUGUGUCUGAGUGAAGGGAUGAGCAUCCCCAGGCCCUGAGGAACCAAGGGCCCAAAAGAGGACCAGCCCUCCAGCUCCCCUGCCCCAGCCCUGAGCCAGCGGGGUUCAUUGUAGUGUGAACAGAAAAGCAGCACAGAUUCUCACUGCCCAGACUGCAAUGCUUCUAA